AUGUUCGCCGUAACCCUGAGCUGCUCUGUCGUCUUCUUUGUGGUCGGCAUAACAGGGAAUGGUCUGGCUAUGUUCCUGCUCCAGGUCCAGCGGUCCGCAGCACAAAUCAGCCUCACUGAGCACCUCCUGUUCUGGCUGAGUGUCAUCCGCUUGUUCUACCUGCUCCUCAGCUGUAUUCCCACUUUCAUCUACGAAAUCCUGGGAAAGGCGUUCCUGUCGGACCCGGGCUGUAAGGGGCUGGUCUAUUUUUACUCCAUAUUCCGAGUAUCCGAAGUCGUGAUCACACUGCUGGUCAACGCCUAUCACUGCGCAAAGCUGCAAAAUUCCAUCCGGCUGCAGGCGGCGUUAAAGUUUCUGGAGAAGAAGUGGAACUGCCUGCAGGUGGUGGCGUCAAUGAUUCUGCUCGUGGGCUUCAUUCUGCUGCCGCUCACCGUGAACUCAACGGCGACACCGUAUAACAGCUCCUCCCUUGAUAUCCGAGACGUCAACGGCUGCUACUUGGCUUAUGCCAACAAGAGACCUCCAGCCGGGUUAGCCACUAUUUUUAUCAUCCUCUUUGAGACGGUCCCCUUUGCCCUCUUGCUGGCCUCCAACGUCUACUUUCUGAUUCUUUUAGUUAAGCACCGGAGAAAACUGAACCCGGCAGGACCGGCGCAAGCCUUCCCAGAAGGUGGAGCUCAAUGUUCCAGAGGGCACCGCCUGGCCAGAUGCAAGAUGAUUCUGGCUGCUUCAUCCACGUUGAUCUUCUCCUGGUUCAUCAACUUCAUCAUCAGUUUUAUAUGCCUGUGGGGUAAAAGCCACUGCAGUGCCAGCCUCCUCUCUGUGGCCCGUGUUUUGUACACCCUAUGCCCUGCUUUCAGCCCUUAUUUCAUAUUCCUUGGGAGCAGAAACCUAAGGGGUUAUUGCAAGAGACUGUUUUGCUAG